AUGACGCAUGGGCAAGCUCUGGCUAAUGGGAAUCAUGCCCUCCUCGGGCUCUAUAAAGAGGUGGACACAGCAAAGGCACACUUGUCGGACAUACAUGGGUGCGUACACAGAGCUGCGCACACAAACACACACACACACACACACACACACACACACACACACACAGGCUCGCAUUCACUCCAGGGCAAACAUUCGAACCCCGAGAACCUUAAGCUUGCGGAAAAUUCUCUAGGCAAGUUCCGCGACAGCACUUGCAGUUCAUUGGCCAUGGAAGGCGUCCCAAUUUCUCCUAGAGCUGAACGACGGCCAAUACGGGCUCCAGCCCCUCUUCUUCCCUCUAGGCAGAUGGAGAAAGCAGGUACUGCUCGCACACCGGCGGAGAAGCGGCGAGGUGCCCAGUGCAAUGGGCACGCUGCGAAGGAGCAACCCCGGCCAGAGCGGAGCGAGAGCGAGGAAAAGCCCAGGGGCCAGGAGGAAAAGAGCGCCCAGCCGGUGGACUAUUGGAAGACCGAGAGGACUCGCAGCGUGGAGGAUAACGAGCUGAAUCUGCCCAGCCUGGCGGGCGCUUACUCCACCAUCCUGCGCUCCCUGGGUGAGGACCCUGAGAGGCAGGGGCUACUGAAGACACCCUGGAGGGCGGCAACAGCCAUGCAGUUCUUCACUAAGGGCUACCAGGAGACCAUUUCAGAUAUCCUGAAUGAUGCCAUAUUUGAUGAAGACCACGAUGAGAUGGUGAUUGUAAAGGACAUAGACAUGUUUUCAAUGUGUGAGCAUCACUUAGUGCCAUUUGUUGGAAAGGUUCAUAUAGGUUAUCUUCCUAACAAACAACUCCUUGGCCUCAGCAAACUUGCCAGGAUUGUGGAAAUCUACAGUAGGAGAUUACAAGUUCAAGAGCGUCUUACAAAACAAAUUGCAGUAGCAGUCACAGAGGCCCUGCGGCCAGCUGGAGUUGGAGUGGUUAUUGAAGCAACACACAUGUGCAUGGUAAUGCGAGGGGUACAGAAAAUGAAUAGCAAAACGGUCACCAGCACAAUGUUGGGUGUAUUUCGAGAAGAUCCAAAGACCCGGGAAGAAUUCUUAACACUCAUUAAGAACUAAACUGGAGGCAUAUAAAAUACGAUCAGAAGAUUGUAACUGCUAGUGGCAUUGUCUGUUUGUAUAUUAUAUUUAAAAUGUUACAGUAGUGAGAUCUUUCUUGUCAUUAACUGUCAUUUAAAAUUAUUUAUAGGAAAUAAAAAUUAUUAGAGAA